GCUGCGGUGUUCACGCGGAGUGACAUUAGAGGUUUUUAGUUUGAAGUUUUCGUGCUCCGCUCCGCUCCGGGAGCACCCGCGAAGCCGCAGCACUUUUUCCACCGCACGUGUGUGAUGGCUGAAACUCUAAGAUAUGGCGAAUAUCAAUUGCUGUGUAGUGGGGUGCCCAAAUACCUACGACAACUCGCCUACAACAUGGUUCUACUCAUUCCCCGACAGGCCUCGCGAACGGCGGCAGCAGUGGAUCGCCGCUGUUCGUCGGGAAAGUGCAGACGGCUUUCUGUGGCAGCCUACCCAACACAGCAAGAUCUGCAGCCAUCACUUUGUAAAUGGAGAGAAGUCAAACGAUCCAAGAAGCCCUGCCUAUGUGCCAACACUGUUUCCAAGUGUGCAAAGACCCACUGAAGUUCCUACUGCAGACAGGCUCCAGUCACGAGAUGAGCAUGAACAACCCACAUCGAGCUGUGUGUCACCGGUUCCCGACGACCGAGAACGGGGUGGUGUAAUGGCAGAGCACACAAGUGGUGCAACGAGCGUUGACAUCAAGGUAGAGCAGAGCAGCCCUCCAACUUCACCACCUCCUUGGUUGAUAUGUGUAGACGUCAAGGAAGAGCCAAAUAUCCCUCCAACCACGGAUUCUCCUGACGUGAGUGCUGACAUUAAAGUGGAAUGGACUAGCCCUCAAACUUUGCCAGCUUUCGACUUGAAUGUUGACAUCAGGAUAGAGCCAAGUGGCCCUACAGCUACACCACCUCCAGGCAAGAGUAUUGACAUUAAGGUGGAGCCGAGUAGCCCUACAGCUGCAUCACCUCCAGUUUCUCUAGACAUGGAUAGAGAAGGACCAGCUGAGCCUCUAGACCUAGUGCCAACGGUUGUCCCCCCAACAAUUUCAACACACAGCACUGGAACUACAGACUACGCAGCUGUUAUAGAUGGUGACAAAAGACCAUCAGGAGGUGCUGUAGAAUCAUCACAAAAAAUGUCCAAAAGGAGUGUGUGCUACAAGUACAGAAGUAACAUGCCUGGGCAUUGCACCACGAGCAAAGAAUCUGCAACAAAGCAUCGGACUGUUCACACGAAGAAGAAUGGCUAUGUCUGUGCAGUCUGCGGACAGCACUUUACUCAUAAAAUGGGCCUUAUCCAACAUCGGCGUCUCCACGCAGGCGAGAAGCCUUUCGCUUGCACCAUCUGCGGCCGAAAAUAUGCCCGGAGAGUGCGUCUCGUGAACCACACAGCAAUGCACAUGAAUGAGAAGCCCUUCGCUUGCACCGUCUGCGGCCAGAAGUUUACACAGAAAGCUCGUCUCACUAGGCAUGAAGCAGUGCAUAUGGAUGAGAAGCCGUACCCCUGCACAGUCUGUGGUCGCAGAUAUGCUUACAAGUGCAAUCUCCAAACACACCAGGCCAUUCACAUGGAAAUCAAACCCUAUACUUGUCUCAUCUGCAACAAGCAGUUUAAUCAGCAGUCAAGUCUUACUAGACACAUGGUUGUUCACACAGAUAAGGAAUUGCACUGCUGCUCGGAAUGUGGUCGCAGGUUUGCUUACAAGAGUGAUCUCCUUGCACACGAAAUAAUCCACAAGGAGAAGAAGCCUUAUGCUUGCCUCAUCUGCUGGCCGGCAGUUUGCACGGCGAUUUUUUUUCAAUAUGCACAAGGCCGUCCACGCAAAUGAAAAACCAUAUCUUUGCUCAGUCUGUGGCCGCAGGUUUGCUUACAAGAAUAGUCUUGUACAACACAUGUACAUUCACAAAGAAGAGAAACCACACGCUUGCCUCAUCUGCAGCCAAAAGUUCAAACGGAAGAUAAGUCUCACCAGGCACAUGGUUAUUCACGUGGAUAAAGAAUCACAGUGCUGCUCAGUUUGUGGUCGCAAUCUUCCUUGCAAGAGUAGUCUCCUUACGCAGCGAUAUUAUUCACAAGGAGAAGAAGCCCUAUGCCUGCCACAUCUGUGGCCUGCAGUUUACUCGCCAAGUGCAAUUUCAAUUUGCACAUGGCCGUCCACGCAGAUAAAAAACCAUACACUAGCUCAGUCUGUGGUUGCAGGAUUGCUUACACGAGUAGCUUGGGGACUAGCAAGUUCAUCUACGAAGAAGAUAAACCAUACACUUGCCUCGUUUGUGGCUCGAAGUAUGUCCACAAAUCAAAUUUCAUUCGGCACAAGAGUAUGCACACAGCUGUUGUGGAAUAUGCAUGUAAGGUGUGCCCAUCCAAAUUCUUAGCCAAGGCAUCUCUGGACAGACACAAGCAGCUGCACGAAGCCGGAGUACUGUUGUUUCACUGCACCGAGUGUGGCCGGGCCUUUCGAGAAAAAACAGCACUGAAGAUGCACUUUAAGUGGCAUAAGGUGGACAAACCAUACCCGUGCCACCUUUGUCCAUCAAGAUUCACAAAGAGAUAUAAUCUGAGAGCUCAUGUGCAAAGGCACACUGGUGAAAAGCCUUACAAGUGUCCCAUUUGCCAGAGACGGCAUUCUAGGCAUUCAUACCUCAAGGAGCAUAUGCGCCGGAUGCACCCUGGAGGAAACAACACAUUGGUGAGCCCUCAGACCAGCCAGCCUCUAGAACAUGCUGACGCAACUGAAGAAGGAGCAGCUGAGGCAGCACCUAGCAGUAGCAACUCUGAAGCUUCGAGCGACACCAUGGAUUCUGGGAACACACCUAUAUGAAUGAAGAAAAGGACCUGCUGGAGCAACUCUUCGCCAGAGCCCCUCUGUCAUUCCAUGUACAGGCAGCACUGAAACUUCGUGACAUUGAAUUACCAUUACCAGCCGAAACCUAUCGACCGGUGCUUUAUGGAUUUCUGUUUUUUUUUUCACGUUUUGAUUUAUUACUUGUUUUGUGAACAUUACACAAUAGUGACCCAAGUAUCCCUCUGUAAUACCCACUAAGCUCUUAGGGCACAUGAAAUGAAUUGUCGGCUCCUGUCGUGCUUGGCACGCCUACGGUGCAGGCACCCAAAGAAACCAAGUUCGUUGCCGUGCUCGCCGACCUGAUUGAGUACACCGUCUGCAGUGUCCCGCCAUUGUGCAAGAAGGUUCUCCUCGACAACCCCAAUAAUGUUACCGUAUUUUCCGGUGUAUAAAGUGCACCUUUGUAUAAGACGCACCCCCCAGUUUUCGCAAGUUUUCAUGCAAAAAUUAAUAUAUAAGACGCACCGGUGUAUAAGACGCACUUACAUUCACUCACUUUCCGCAAAGAAACUUCAUAACGUGCAGUUGAGCGAGCAUUGUAAAAUGCCGUACUUACGUUUCUGAGCGCCAGUCCGUAAGAAAACUUAUACUACACCGAACUUGUGAGAAAAAAUAAUGCGCACCCACUGAAACGUUCCGCACGACUGCAGGAAAACAUUUUAUUCCUCAAAGCCCUCAAAGUCCUCGUCCUCCGACGUGCUUUGGAAUAGUUCAGCGAGCUCUGGCGGCAGUGACGCUGGGACUUCCUCUGUUUCCUCUUCGGAAUCGCUGCUGCUGCUGCUGUUGUCGUCGUCGAGGCCAGGGGCUGAGGAUGCUAGCAGGCCUGCCUUGCGGAACCCCGCAGUUACGGUGGCCUGUGACACCGCACACCAGGCUUCGCGCACCCACUUUGCGACCUCGCGAAACGAAGCACGCCUCAUGCGUCCAGUUGCGGUAUAGCUAUGCUCGCCGUCGGACAUCCAUGACUCCCACAGGCGCCGCAGAAUAGCCUUGAAACUGCGGUUCACCGAGAUGUCCAACGGCUGAAGCAUUUUUGUCAUCCCGCCUGGGAUAACCGCAGCGGUGCAGUUUUCUGCCUUGAUGCGCUUCAAAGUGAGCUCCGUUAUAUGCGCCCGCAUGCUAUCCAAUACCAGGAGGCCCUUCUUCGCAUGAAAAAAACCGUCCGAUCGCUUAGAAAAGCAUUUUUCAAGCCACUUGCCCAUCAUCUCUUCGUCCAUCCAGCCUUUCACGUUCGUUUCUAUGACGACACCAGGCGGGAACGACUCUUUCGGCAUCGUCUUCCGCUUGAAUAUAAUCAUUGGCGGAAGUUUUUGCCCGUCGGAGCAACAUGCCAGCACAACCGUGAAGUGCGCUUUUUCGUGGCCGGUAGUUUUGAUGGUGACAGACUUGUCACCUUUCGGUGCCACACUCCUUUCUAUUGGGAUGUCAAACGUAAGUGGCACCUCGUCCAUGUUUAUUAUAUGGCUGUUGCCGAUGCCAUCAUCUUCAAUGGCUUUCUUAACGAAAGCCUGGAAUCUUUCAAGCUUGUCCUUGAAAUCUGCUGGCAGAUUCUGGCACAUGCUUGUGCGGGCCCUCAUCGCCAGCGCUUUGCGGCGCAUAAAUCUGGAGCACCAGGACGGCCCGCCAACAAAAUCAACGGCGCCCACCUCCUUAGCUAGCGCCUGCGCUUUGAGACGCAGCUGCACCGUUGACAUCGCCCUACCUUGGGCACGCUGCUCCAGUAUCCAUGAGUGCAGACGUCCCUCAAGGUCUGGCCAUCGUGCUUUCUUGCCGCGGUCAGCUUUCUCGUCACUCUUCAUGGCCUGAAGCUUAGCAGUCGACUGUCGCCAUGUGCGGACCAUCUUCUCCGUGACGUCGAAAUGACGGCCCGCUGCCCGGUUUCCGUAGUCCUCUGCAUACUUCACAGCAGCAAGCUUAAACUUCGCCGUGUAACUUUUCCGUUUAGCCGGCAUACUGCAGGUGAAGGUAACAAAGGCGCGAACCAACCGAACGAAUGAAGUUGCAAAUGGCGACUAGUCCAACUCGCUGAACGACAGCGUAGCGGUGGUAGCGGCAGUAGCGGCCGAAUCCGAACCAAACCGCCGAACCCGUCGCGCACCUAUCGCCAUCUUACGCCGAUUUCACUCACUGAGUACAGCUCUCUAUGGUACAGCCUCCGAAACUCGCGCAGCUUCAGUGAGCUGAGAACUCGCACGACGACAUACUUUUUAAAAUUUUUCCGUUUUAUGUACUUUGGUUUUGUUUUAAAACUGUAGUACCGGCACGUUGAGUGUUCGUUAUUAUAAUUAUGAUGCAUAAUUCGCAUUGGACUGCUCUAGUGGUUUAAAAAAAAAAAGACUAAUGAGCAUCAACACGAGUUUCUCCCAAAAAACUACCAAAAAAAGUGCGUAUAAGACGCACCGUUGUAUAAGACGCACCUCCGAAAAAUUUUGAAAAAAACUGCGUCUUAUACACCAGAAAAUACGGUAUGUCAUUGCUAAUUCAGCAGUAUGUCGACAUGCUAUCUUUAGCGAAAACAUGCACGAUGAAUCCUGCACUCAAGAUAUCUCACUGUCCUAGUGGUCACCACAAUUUGAACUCAUCCACAUUUCAAAUAUAUGUGGGAAAGACACACCGAGGAAAUGUGUCGAUACGGUUCAACCCUCAGGCGUCGUUCCGGUAUUUUUAUCUUCAUGUGGCCCGUUUUCUCUGCUAUCCAGACAUCGCCUGCUCCAAGAUCGAUGGUUGCCAGCUGACAUGACAUCGCUGCGUGUUCAAGGUGGACAGUUGUGACAUAGCCAGUGUCGCCCCUCAGAAUCUUUCGAAGCGAGGCAAGGAAAGUCAUAGCGCAACGGAAACCUGCAAAUACCAUUCUUACAGAGCCAGUGCCGCCCCCUAGAAAAUGUGGCAACUCGGCUAGACAAGUCGCGGCAUAUACAAGUCCCACCAUCAUGACACAGUCAAUGAGGGACGGCACCAUUGGGCACGGCGGCACUCACGGAAUGCAACCACCUAACAAUCCGCUCGUCUUCAUCCUACAGGUGAGAAGGCGAUAUGGAAAGUGUAUCCGUUCAAACGACCCUUUCUUACUUGUGCUGCCGUGCCCAUGGCUAUGUACUGUUGUGAUUGAUGCUGUACCGACUCUUAAACUUUUACUGCUAGGCGGAGACAUUGAGACGAACCCAGGCCCUGACAUCAGCCAGAAAUUAAAAGAAAUCGCCGCAGAUAUCAAAGAGAUAAAGGAAAGCCGCCUACCUAAAAUCGAUAAGAAACUAGACUCGCUCGCGAGGCUAGAAGAAAAAGUGGAUUCAUGUCAAGAACAAAUAGCAAAUAUGAAAAUGGUAGUACAAUCUAAGCAAGAAAAAAUUGACGAUCUAGAGAAUCGCAGCAGGCGAGCUAACCUGAUAAUAUAUGGCUUUCCCGAGGUAGAAGGCGAGACUGCCUUGACACUUGAACGUGCAGUGAACAAAAGCAUAAUUGAAGACACCCUAGAAUUAAAACCUGCAGCAAUUGAAUGCAUACAUCGCAUCGGUAGAGCCCAACCAAACAAAACUAGGCCCGUAAUUCUCAAGCUGCAAGACUCAAGAGAGAAAUUUUCAAUAUUAAAACGGGGACAUAAACUUCGUUCCACAAGCCUAUCUAUCGGAGAAGACUUCUCGAAACGAGUACGUGAAAUUCGGAGAAAACUUUGGAACAGUGCGAAGGCAAAUCGAGAAAAUAACGAAAAGGUUUCCUUAGUUUUUGACAAGCUGUAUAUUAAUAAUCAUGCCUAUGUCUGGAGCAACGAAAAGGAUGAUAAGGUUCCGCUUAAGAAAAAACACGCGGAAGCUGCCUCAGAAACAGCCCGUGUAACCAGAACGACGAACGUACCCGGCGACCAAACAAAAAAGGGAGCCACUACUCGUCGUGCUGCAAAAUAGGCGAACUAACACUUCUCACAGUGAAUGCUAGAAGCGUAAUUAAUAAGCCUGAACCUCUUGAAAAUUUGAUCAUCGAUUAUGAGCCUCACUUAGCAGCCGUCACCGAAACGUGGCUCACGCCUGAUGUUUUAGAUCAUGAAUUUACCCCACCAAACUAUUCCGUGAUCCGAAACGAUCGCCCCACACGUGGUGGUAGGGUGGCACUAUUGAUAAGAAAAGGCCUCUCUUUCGUGGCCCUUCCAGAGGUACAAAAUGCUGAAGCGUUUUUUUGUAAACUACUUUGUGACGGUACCAGCAUAUUGUUAGGUUGUCUUUAUCGAAGCCCAAACUCGGGUGACGAUUCUAUCAGUGCAAUUCAUGAUUACAAGCAACGUCAUGCUUACGGUUCACGUGUUGUACUCAUGGGUGAUUUUAAUCUUCCAGACAUUAACUGGGAUAGUAUGUGCUAUACGUCAUCAGCUUCGGAUGUGUUAUUUGACCUCAUGCUAACCUUCAGUCUUCAUCAGGUCGUUUCGCAGCCCACUCGCUCGCAGGGAGUAACUGAGAACAUACUUGAUCUAAUAUUUUUCAGCGACCAUUUCGACAUACUAAACUGCAUAAGAAUUGAUGUAACCCGAAGUGGUUUCUCGACGGUAACUCAACUUACUGAACUAGUUCAUGACCUUGCCAUUACAGUUAAUAACCGUGGUCAAACUGACUUAAUUCUACUUGACCUAUCUAAGGCUUUUGACUGUGUAUGCCACAGCAAACUAAUAGCUAAAGUAGAAAAUGUUUUCGGAAUAGGAGAACUUUCCGCUUGGAUAAAAGCUUUCUUAUUUAGCAGGUCACAAUUUGUACUCUAUGAACAGAUGUCUUCUAACACAGUAGCAGUAACAUCCGGCGUUCCCCAAGGCUCGGUACUUGGGCGAUUGCUUUUCUUGCUCUAUAUUAAUGAUAUCACUGCUAACAUCACUAACAACAUCAAGCUAUUUGCGGACGACUGUGUGAUCUAUAGAGAAAUUAAUCAUUACAACGAUCACAUUAUGCUUAAUGAUUCUCUAGCUGUCGUGGCUAAUUGGUGCUCUAAAUGGCAGAUGAAAAUAAAGACACAAAAAUCAGGGAUAAUGACCGUAAGCAGAAAAACAAAACCAUCCAACUUCCCAUACACCAUUAAUAACACACUUCUUAAUAAAGUUGAGGAACAUAAAUAUCUAGGAGUUACACUGACUUCUGAUCUCAAAUGGGACAAACACAUCGCUAAUAUAACUUCGAAGACGCUACGCAAACUAUUCUUCUUAAAACGAACUCUAGCGCUCUCAACAAUGCCAACGAAGCUGCUAGCUUACGCAUCAUUCGUAAGACCAGUUUUAGAAUAUGCAAACAAUGUCUGGUUUCCGUAUUCGCUGACUAAUAUAACCAAACUAGAAGCAAUACAAAGGAAAGCUGUAAGAUUUAUUUACAACAAAUAUAGACGCACAGAUUCCCCAACACAUAUUUUAACUCAGUCAGGUUUACAAACACUGUCCACAAGAGCGAAACAGGCUCGCUUAAAGUUCCUUUUCCAGCUAGUAAAAAAUAACUACAAGAUAGAUUCAUCCAAAUACCUUUCAUUUUCACAGGCUCGGCAAACUCGCAAUAAACAUGCGCGCACGUUGUCAGAAUACUCAUGUAGGAACGACACGUUUAAGUACUCGUUCUUCCCGCGCGCGAUAGCGGAAUGGAACCAACUUGAUGCCACUAUCACAAACUCCCAAUCGCUAUCAGAAUUUAUUGCACAGAUAGAAAAAACUGGGCGCGCAUAACAGUUUAUACGCAUGCAGGCGCACCGGUCCAGAUCUGCUGUUCGUUAGUUAAAGCAACACCUUUUUCAGUGUUCCUUUUACAGUAGUAUAGCUAUUUUUAAAGUAUGCUUUCAGUGCUUGCUAUUCCUGUCACAACUGUUCCAUUUACGUUUUCCCUCACGAUAUCAAUGCUAACAUAAGUUCCUUUCUUCAAUCAUGUAUUUUAUUUCUAUCGCCUUUCGGCAUGGUUUCAGCUCUGUAUAAUGGCUAUAACUUGCUUUGUAUCUUGUGAUUAUUGCAUACAUUGUGUAUUAAUAACAUAAUUAACGUUUAACUUCUGUACUGCUCAAUGGUUAUAUGAUCCUCAUGUCCUGUUAUUAUGCUUGCAUGUUUUUACGUCUACAUCCUUUUUUUGUAUGUGUGAAAAAUUACUGUAUUGCCCAACUGCCACGCUCUCGAAGGAGAGUAGCUGUAUUGUAAAUAAAUAAAUAAAUAAAUAAAUAAAUGCCGCCCACCGGAAAUAUCCCU